AUGUGCCGCCUCACUUUCAGCUUGACUCUAAGCCUGUUGAGCCUGCUGUGCUUGACUCGCGCCCAGCCACAAUCGGAUAGCUGCGCCCAGGAUGGGGCAACGCUACUUUGUCGCGGCGAGCGCGCUUUGCGCAAUGUGCUCAUAAACCUGGGCAAGAGCGAUAAGCCGCUGGUCAUUAUGCGUGGCCUGGAGAUUGUGCCAGCACCAGCAGCAGCUAAUGCACAAAGGAUGGACGAGCCAACGACGGGGGACGAGCCAACGCUGCUGGAUAGUCUGGCGCUCUAUUUGCGCACGCAUGAGGUCAAUCUAAAGCUGGCGGAUUUGCUAGACGAGACAAGCGGACAGCAAGCGGCAGAGGCACGUAAAAAGGAUAAAGGACAGGGCAUGCUGCUGGCCAUGGCACUGAUGUUUGGCAAAAUGAUGGCUGUGAUGGGAAUUGGCGGCAUAGGUGCACUAGCUAUGAAGGCCCUGGGCGUAGCAAUGAUGGCGCUGAUGAUGGCCGGACUGUUGGGCUUGAAGUCGGUGGCACAGCAGGGACAUGAGAGCAGCCACAGCAUUUCCUAUGUGACCGGUGAGGGGCAUCAUCAUCACAAGCGACGACGUCGCCGCGCUGCUGCUGCUGCUCCCAUAUUGCAGGUGGUCAACGAGUCCGCACAGCCCUUGGCGUAUCGCAACUGGUCGCAAUGA